UCCACAAUUCACCAUUGACUCUCUGGAUCAUUGCACGGUGCCCGAUCGAGCUGCAAGGAGCUCUCGCGACAUCACUUGAUGGUCAGAACCAAAGUGUGGUGCGCACAGAACGAGCUCGGAUGAUGUGUUUUGCGCUACAGAGACUCAAUGAAACAGACGCACAAAAGGAGAGAUGGGCACCUUUUCUGCACCUCCAUUUACGCGGCUAUGGAGAAAACGUCCAUUGGCCGUGCUGGUGGUUGUGGUUCUGAGCCACUUUUGUGACGCUUUUAAUCUGGACACGGAGAAUCGCGUCGUUUUCGCCGGACCACGGGGGAGUUAUUUUGGCUAUUCGGUGGAGUUCUUCAGCAGCAACUCAUCCAGUGUGAGCCUUUUGAUUGGGGCUCCAAAAGCCAACACCAGCCAGGCUGGAAUCGCCGAAGGAGGAGCCGUCUUCCUGUGCCACUGGAGCCAAAACAACUGCAGCAUUAUCAACUUUGACCAGAACGGUGAUCAGUAUUUCUACAUAAACAACGAGAACACUCAAGUUGAGUUCAAGUCGCAUCAGUGGUUUGGAGCGACUGUGCGUUCCCAAGGCAACAAUAUUCUGGCUUGUGCUCCGCGGUAUUAUUGGAGGAGCGAACAUGACAUACCCCUUGCUGAUAUGACGGGAACUUGUUACCUCUCUGUGGACAGCCUCAAAUCAUUUGUGGAGUACGCCCCCUGUCGAACAGAAAGACAUGGACCCGCAGGACAGGGCUAUUGUCAAGGAGGAUUUAGUGCCGACUUUACCAAGGUAAGAGCAAUAUUCGUUCUUUAUCCUAAAGUCAUUGUUUGCCGGUGGAGAUUCAACCGAGUUUCAAGGCCUACAAGAGUUGGUUGUAACUUUUGGCUGGUACCAAAACCUGAAACCUGGUUUCUCACAAAUUCCUGCUCUUCCGUGUAUCAGGGCGGAAGGGUUGUUCUUGGUGGACCGGGCAGCUUUUACUGGCAAGGUCAGCUGAUAUCGGCCACGCCAGACGAGAUUGUUAAGGCCUACUACCCUUCAUAUUUUUUACUGUCGGUUGCUGGGCAGAUUCAAACAGGACAGGUGCAGGGAAGCUACGACGACAGUUACCUGGGUUAUUCCGUGGCUUCUGGCAAGUUCAGUGGGGAUGAUGAGGAAGAUUUCAUCACGGGAGUUCCGAAAGGACUCAUGCUGUAUGGUUUAGUGUCCAUAUUCAACGCAGGGGAUCUGAGCUCACUGCUCAACGUGACAGGAGAGCAAAUGGGGUCCUACUUCGGCUACGCAGUGGCAUCCACCGACAUCAACAAUGACGGACUAGAUGACCUGGUGGUGGGCGCUCCGAUGUUCAUGAGUCGGGGGUCCAACGGGCGGCUGGAGGAGCUCGGCAAAGUUUACGUUUACCUCCAGAAGGGACCUUUGCAGCUGGAGCCCGGCCGACCGCAUCUCGUCGGCCGGCAGCCGUUCGGCCGCUUCGGCUCUUCGCUGGCGCCUUUGGGGGACCUCGACCAGGAUGGAUUUAACGAUAUGGCCAUCGGCUGUCCUUACGGAGGAGAAGAGCAACAGGGACUGGUUCUGAUUUACCGCGGCGAUGCCAAGGGCUUGAAGGACACGCCCACUCAGACUCUCUGUGGCCAAUGGGCCUCCAGCUCCUUCCCCUCCCACUUUGGUUUUGCGCUACGAGGCAACACGGAUCUGGAUCUAAAUGGCUAUCCAGACCUACUUGUCGGUGCUUUUGGGGCUGACAAAUCCGUGCUGUUCCGAUCUCGACCAAUAGUGACUGCAAGUGCAUCUCUCACUGUACAUCCGACGAUGUUCAACCAAGAAGAGAAGCUCUGUGAGCUUCCCACUCGGAGUGGAACAACUUCUGUGUCUUGUGCCGGCGUCACUUUCUGCCUGCUGGCUCAUGGAAAACAUCUCCCAUCUCAUCUAGACUUCCUGGUGGAAAUUCAGUUGGACAGUUCGAAGCAGAGCCAGAUGGAAUCCGUCAGGAGGACCCUGUUCCUGGAUAGUCAGCAGCCCAGUUUGGUGAAGACUUUCAGUCUGGCCAACGGACAUCGCCAGUGCCAUGACACCAGGAUCUAUCUACGGGCAGAAGAGGAGUUUCGGGAUAAACUCUCCCCCAUAUUCAUCAGUCUGGCCUUUCGCCUGGAUCCACAAGCCCCAGUAGACCAAUAUGGCCUCAGACCCAUCUUGAAUUACCACACGGAGCAACUCAUAGAGGAGAAGGCCCAGAUUCAGCUGGAUUGUGGAGACGACAACGUCUGCGUCCCUGACCUCAAGUUGGCAGUUUACGGUGACCGAAAAGAAGUUUACCUGGGUGACGAAAACUCCCUGAGCCUCACCUUCAAUGCCAGAAACGAGGGAGAAGGCGGAGCCUACGAGGCUGAGCUCUACGUCCGGCUUCCUAAAGAGGCCGACUACAGCGGGAUAACGCGCAAUAAUGCGAGUUUGAGUCAGCUAACGUGCAGCUACGAGGCCCAAAACGAGACCCGCUUCCUCCAAUGCGAUCUGGGAAACCCCAUGAAACCUGGCACGAGUUUUUGGGCAGGUCUCCGCUUCACUGUUCCCAGACUCGCAGACACUCAGAACACUGUAGAAUUUGAGCUCCAAUUAAGAAGUAAAAAUGCAAAUAACUCGGAGAGUGAAGUCGUUCGGUUCCAGUUGGAGGUCGCUGCGAUGGCUGACAUUAUUCUGCAGGGUGUUUCCCGGCCAGACAGAAUCUUCCUCCCUCCCCCCAAUUGGGUUGCUCGUCAGACUCUGACGGACGAACAGGACAUCGGCCCUGCGUUUGAACAGAUCUACGAGUUGGUCAACAGCGGCCCCAGUAUUGUCAGUCAAUGCACGUUGGAGGUGAGAUGUCCUCUCAGGACUCACAGCCAUGACCUGCUCUACCCCGUGGAGGUGCUCACCGAGGGGCCACUCAGCUGCUCCUCAGAGCACGCCCUCAAUGCACUGAAACUCAAGCUUCAGUCUCCAACUUCAAGGAGUCCCUCAUCGUUGGAAUCCAGCCUGGAGCAUCGCAUCCGGAAGAGGGAGGACAAAGGUCCCAUGACUGGACAAGGAAACUUGACAUGCUCGACUGUGGAGUGCUGGCGCCUUGAGUGUCACGUUGGGCCGCUGGAGAGAGGAUCCAGCGUUAUCCUGAGUGUUCACUCGAGACUUUGGGCAGAGACUUUCCUCGAGAGGGCCCACAGGCAGUUUGUUUUGGAGUGCUCCGUUCAUUUCACCGUGGACAAGAUGCCCUAUUCCAUUCUUCCAAAAUUCAAACAAUCUGGAUUUAAAAAGGUGGUGACGGCCGUGCUGUGGAACAAAUCGGACAGCCUGUUCUACGUUCCUGUGUGGAUCAUCAUACUCGCUGUUCUAGCUGGGCUGCUUUUACUCUCACUGCUGAUAUUUCUGCUGUACAAGAUGGGCUUCUUCAAAAGGUCCGAUCCAUAUGGUACCACCAUGGAGAAGGCCCGGCUCAGACCCCAGGCAUCGUCAGAAGCCUGAAUCCAAGAUGGAGCAGCUGUUCAACACAACCGAAAUAUGUUACGUUAAUAAUUUACGUUCCUAAAUUAUUAAUUCAUAAGACUUUCUAAUGAUGAGCAGGAACUGUUGGUUCACUGGACUACACCCGCCCCCCUGGUGCUGCACUAAAAUAUAAGCCACAAAGAUGAGGAGGAGGGCUUUUGGCUUGGACACGCGGUCCCAUUCCAUUCAGUUUCACAUUUUGGUUCAUCAUGGAAAGUUGUUGGAUAUUCGCCAAGCACGGAAUUAGUGAAUGCAGUGGGCGGUGCCCGCUGUCAGGAGUGUCCAAAAUGAAGUUUGUAUAAUCACGUUACAAGGCUAUUUGCUGGUAAAAUCUUUCCGGUCUGCUCGUGAACAAAUCUGCAUUUAUCGUGGUUUGCGCGUCUUCACUGUCAAGAAGUUCCCGGUACUUCAGCUUCUUCCCAUAUUCCGAAAACAUGUAUGUUUACCC